AUGGCUCAGCUCCUGCUUUUCCUUCUAUCAACAUGCCUGGUUAUCGAUGCUCUAGUGCGUGUUCCUAUGCACAAAACGACCUAUGAACGAAGAGCAUAUAAGGUUAACUCCAUAGCUGAAUACCUAAAACAGAAGUACAUCAAGGGCUAUAAAUUCGACUCCAAUCUCGCCUACAAUGAGGGGCUUUCCGAUUAUUCAAAUGCGCAAUACUACGGUACCGUUCAAAUUGGAACUCCACCACAGACAUUUCAAUUGCUUUUCGAUACCGGCUCUUCAAACUUGUGGGUUCCUUGCAAAGGCUGCAGAGCCUCUGAUUUGGCUUGCGAUUUCCAUCAAAAGUUCGAUUGCAAGAAAUCCAAAACUUGCACGGAAACAGGAGCGCCGUUCGAGAUCGAAUACGGAUCAGGAUCCAUGAAGGGAGUUGUCGACAACGAUGUUGUCUGCUUUGGAUCCGACCAGAAAUGGUGUACUGAUAAGACCCAAGGACUGGCAUGCGCCACGCAGGAACCCGGAUUGGCUUUUGUUGCCGCUAAGUUCGACGGCAUUCUCGGCAUGGGAUGGGAUCGCAUCUCAGUGAACGGCAUUCCUCAACCUAUGGACCAGAUCUUUGCCAAUAAGGCACUUUGCCCAGAAGCAGUUUUUGCUUUCUGGCUCAAUCGUGACCUCAACAACAACGCUGCCGGUGGUGAAAUGACCCUCUGUGGAACAGACCCUGCUCACUACAAGGGAAGCAUCGCAUGGGAGCCUCUGGUUUCUGAAGACUACUGGAGAAUCAAACUGGGAGCUGUUACCAUUGAUGGAACGUCAUACACCAAUGGACCAGUAGAUGCCAUUGUCGACACUGGAACAUCUCUUCUUACUGGACCAACUGAUGCUAUCAAGAAGAUCCAAAAGAAGAUCGGAGCUAUUGCGAUUAUUAACGGCGAAUACGAGAUUGAAUGCAGCCGUAUCCCUAAAUUGCCACCAAUCACCUUCACGCUUGGCGGUCAAGACUUUGUUCUUCAAGGAUCUGACUAUAUCCUGCAGGUUGCCCAGAAUGGUCAAACUACUUGCAUCUCUGGAUUCAUGGGUUUGGACAUUCCAGCUCCAGCAGGU